GUUUGUGUGCUUCUUAUUUUAUUUCCUACCCUACCAUCCUUCUUCUGCUUAAUUCUUCAACGUUCCGCCUUUUCCCAUCAUCCUCUUAUGAACCUUCCCAUCCCCAUCUUGUAGAUACCCUUUAUGCAAAUUCAUUUAGCGAAAUCAAACGUAGAUUGGGUUUACUAUGCCGAUUCGAGGGAUAAACUCAACCCGCACAAUCGCACUGCUUGUCGAGCGUCAACCUCGCCGGCCGGUUGCUAUUGGCCACGUGGCAAAAUGCUCGGCGGUUCAGGAGCAAUGAACGCCAUGGUGUACAUUCGCGGUAAUGCACGCGACUACGAUGCGUGGGAGUUCGAGGGCAAUUCUGGCUGGGGAUGGCGGGACGUUUUGCCGUACUUUCGCAAAUCGGAAAACAAUCACGACGCGGCAGUCCUCGGCGAUGGUACGUAUCACGGAACGGGAGGAUAUUUGUCCGUUAGUAGUGCCUCAGGUCAUUCCGGCCACAUGGAACAUCUGAUAGCAGCGGUACAGGAAAGCGGAUACGACUACUUGGAAGAUUUCAAUGGCGAAAAUCAUAUCGGUUUCGGUCGGGUGCAGCUUAACACGAUCGAAGGUGCUCGGUGCAGUCCGGCGAAGGCAUUCCUUGCACCUAUCAAGGACCGUCGAAACUUGCAUGUUAUUAAACGAGCACUUGCAACGAAGCUUGAGGUUGAUGCGCAUCAGCGGGUAUCAUCAGUGCGGUUUGUAAUUGACGAGCAUAACGAUUCUUCAAACGACCAGAUGCGUGUGCUGGAGGUUAAGGUGCGCAAGGAGACGAUCGUUUCGGCUGGUGCAGUAAACACGCCGCAGCUGCUCAUGCUCUCGGGAAUUGGGCAGGAAGAGGAUCUGCGCGAGCACGGCAUUAGGAUCGUAUCCGACCUACCCGUUGGACGCAAUCUUCAGGACCAUGUGAUGGUGCCACUGUUUUAUUGCAUCAAUCGUUCGUCAGCCACCGAUUUUGAUCUGAACCGGAAUGUAAUAGGACAUAUGUACGAUUAUCUGAUGCAUCGGAAUGGUCCACUAAGCGAGAUUGGUAUCAACGCUUUCACGGGAUUUGUAAACACGGUCAAUCAUUCGGAUCCAUUUCCGAACAUACAGUACCAUCAUAUGUAUUCUCGUAAGCGGUCGAAUAUAGCUGGUCGCUGGCUGAGAAUGAUGGAGCUGGACGGGCCUUUCAGCAGCAGCGUGACGGACGCUAACAAUGAAGCGGAUGUGCUAGGUGCAUUCGUAAUUUUGUUAAAGCCAAAGUCAUGGGGUCGAAUAAGGUUGCAAUCAGGGCAGAUCGAACAGAAACCUAAAAUUGAUGCCGGUUACCUCACACACCGACAGGAUAUCGAAACACUAAUCGAAGGUAUCCGCAUACAUCAAGACAUCAUGGCAACGGAUGCCGCUAAAUCGAUGGAACCCGAGCCGGUACGGAUCGAGCUGCCAAGUUGUCAGGACGAACUGUACGAUUCCAACGCGUACUGGGAGUGUUACAUUCGAGAACUUACCCUGACACUUUACCAUCCAGUGGGGACAGCAAAGAUGGGCCAUUCUAAUGAUCCGGACGCGGUAGUCGAUCCAAGAUUGCGCGUCAAAGGCGUGGCGGGGCUACGGGUGGUCGACGCUAGCAUCAUGCCUGACAUUGUGAGCGGUAACACGAAUGCGGCAGUUAUCAUGAUUGGCGAAAAAGCGUCCGACAUGAUAAAGCAGGAUCAUGAAUGGAAUGAGGAAGAAAAGCAGCGUAAUUGAGAAAUGAUACUUUGAAGAAGGAAACACGAGAAUGUGUCAAAAAAGGCCUAUUACUGUA